AUGUCUUUCACAAUCUGGCUGCUCGUCUCCCACAAAGGCGCAUCCAUCCCUGGCCAGUGGUCAUUCUUCAUGGCACCGGAAAGAACUGAGCCAGGAAUGCUAAUCAGUAAUCUCAUAUCCAUCAAGGGGUAUUCUCUGAACUCUGUGUCGAAACCGGUGACAUUCAGCACGAUUUCCCUGGGCAUCUUCCUUGACCAGAUAGCCAACCAUGAAGAAAAGAUUCGACAAAUCGCCGCGGCUGUCACGAUACCCGAGAGACCAGCAGGUACUGUCGUUGGGAUCCCCGCCUGUGAAGCGUGGGCAUUUGCAUUUGCCCAACGUCUGAUUGACGAACAGUAUUUGGACGUAUUUUCGAUGUCAAAGCUGCGGGCGGCACGCAGUCUUCGGAUAGAGGGGAUGCCUAUCAAUAUGUGA